AUGUCCUCCAUCGAUCCAGUCGUGCGUACAACCCUUCUCAAGCAUCCCGACGCCUAUCGUGAUAUCUUGAUAUCCUUGUUGUGCCUUGUCGAAAUGGUCGUCAUUGACGGCAAGGGACACCUCCUUGGUCGCCUGGCCAGCACUGUUGCUAAGCAGCUGCUCAACGGCCAAAAGAUCGUCGUUGUGAGAUGUGAAGCCCUCAACAUCUCCGGCGAGUUCUUCCGCGCGAAGCCGCAAUGUGAUGGAGAGAAGGACGAACAGGGAAUUUCCACGCGCAAAACUGGAGGACAUCGCACCUUUUUGGAGUUACAGAUGGCUAACUUAGGUUUCUGGGAUAUAGUCAAGUACCACGCCUACCUUCGCAAGAUGACUCGUUACAACCCUACUCGCGGUGGUCCCUUCCACUUCCGUGCUCCCUCUCGUAUCUUCUACAAGGCCGUCCGUGGAAUGAUCCCCCACAAGACCGCCCGUGGCACCGCUGCCAUGGAGAGGCUGAAGGUCUUCGAGGGUGUUCCCCCUCCCUAUGACAAGAAGAAGCGCGUCGUCGUUCCCCAGGCUCUGCGUGUCCUCCGACUCCGCCCUGGCCGCAAGUACUGCACCGUGGGCAGACUGAGCCACGAGGUUGGCUGGAAGUACCAGGACGUCGUCGCAAGACUCGAGGAGCGCAGAAAGGUUAAGAGCAGUGCAUACUACGAGCGCAAGAAGGCCGCUCGCCGUCAACUGGUGCACGCCCAGAAGUCGGCGGUCGUUAGCGAGAAGACCAAGAGCCAGCUUGCUCAGUACGGAUUCUAG